AUGCUCAGAACCAACAACAAUAACAAGCGCGGAGUGCUUAAUCGUUUGAAAACCCUCAUCAAUAACUCACGUCUUUUCUGCUCCUCUUCACCUAAAGGACCAAUGCAAGAUCAUUCUUCUUCAGAAACAGAAUCCGGUUACUCCAUUGGUCGAGGCCGCAUUGACAUUUCAAAAGGGAAGACUUUCGAUGCAAGGGAGCUUGGUAUUACCAGUUCUAUGAUUUCACGGCCUACUCAGUAUGUUCUGAAACUUCUUCAGGACAAAGGGUAUAAGUCCUACUUAGUAGGAGGGUGUGUGAGAGAUCUAUUACUGAAUAGAACUCCAAAAGAUUUUGACGUGGUCACCACAGCACAGCUUAUGGAGGCAAGGAGGCAAUUUCGUCGUUCAGCUCGUCGUGCUGAUGUUGUUGGACGGCGUUUUCCAGUAUGCCUGGUUCAUAUAAAAGGUUCGAUAAUAGAGGUAACAAGUUUUGAGACAGAAUCAAAAACUUCCAAAGGGAUGGAAAAAGUCUUACACUCUAUGCUGCCCAAAUGCAGUAAUAAAGAAGACCGAUAUUUCUGCAAAAGUACCUUGCGAAGGGACUUCACAAUUAAUAGUUUAUUUUAUGAUCCCUUUGCAAAUAAAAUUUAUGAUUAUGCCAAUGGAAUUGCUGAUUUGAGGUCCUUAAAGCUUGAAACCGUGAUCCCUGCUCAGGUGUCCUUUAAAGAUGACCCUGGGAGAAUUUUGCGUGGAUUUAGAAUUGCAGCUCGCCUAGGUUUAUCAUUAUCCAGGGAGACUGAGGCUGCAAUCUGGACAUGUUCUUCCCUAGUUAAGGAUCUGAACAAGGAUAGAAUGAUGAUUGAGUUAAACUAUAUGUUGUCUUAUGGAGCUUCCGAGUCAUCUCUUUGCCUACUCUGGAAAUUCAAAUUGCUACAAUUUUGGCUUCCGGUGCAUGCAGCAUAUCUCGAUGAACAGGCUACUAAAGAAGAUGGUCAGGCUUCCAAUAUGUUGAUGAAAUUAUUUUUCCAUCUGGAUAAUUUGGUUGGAUGUGACCGACCUUCUGAUUGUAUCCUAUGGAUUGGAUUGCUAGCAUUUCACCUGGCAUUAGUAAAUAACCCUCAAGAUGCUCUUGUGGUCUGGGCACUCGCAUCUGUUCUAUAUCAUGGAGAGUGGCAAGAAGGCAUUAAGUUUGCUAAAGAACAUGCAAAAAUGUAUGUUAAUUUUGCACCGGAAAUAAAGAGGUCCAGUGCAGACAAAUCAGAUGAAGAAAUUGCAGAAACAGUCACUAAAUUGGCAUCUUUGGUGAUUGACUCCAUUCAUGCGCUGGUUAAUAUUAACAGAUUUUCUCAAUCUCUGUCUAGAUAUCCAUCUGUCCCACGCCCUCAUGUGGUAAUUGUAUCAAGAAAAACAGGGAAAGCCGUCUCUAAAAUUUUCGAUGUCCUGAUUGAUGAUAUUAAAUUUUACAAGAGUGAAAGAAAAAGUGCAAAGAUAAAUUAUGACAUGCUUGGGAGCGGUCAUAUUUCAGAGACUAGAUUUGUUUUGGGCAAAAUUGUUCUUGAAACUAUGCGGAGUGGAAUCGUUGGAGAAGGGGAUGGGUCUGAGGUGGAAAAAUGUCACCUUAAGACUGAGGGCACCAAGGGCUUUGGGCAAAUGGUGGCAAAGAAAGAAAAGAGAAAGGUUUUAUCAACACCGAAUUUAGAGCAUAGGCCAGAAAAACUCAAAAAAAAGAAAUUGGCUGAGAAUACACGCAUUGCAGAGCAGAAAAAAGGAUUGUCUAAGUACAAGGAAACUGAUGAAGAGCACCAAAAGCCAGUUAAGUUGGGCCAACAGGUUGAUCUAUCUAAAAAGAACUCUAUGCCAACAAAUAAAUGCAGUAAUAGAGAACAGUUGAUAAAUGAUAUUGAUAGGAAGCAAAUUGUCAGUGCCAGGAAAAGUUCUAAAGACCAUGCUAGGCAUCUGAAGAUGAAUGAGCACCGUACGCCAUCUCAAUCUACAGUCUCUAAGAAUAAUAAGGUAAUAGCCAAUAACCACAACAUAAACAAGGGUGUAACAACAGAUGAGUCAGUUGACAAAGUUGUCAACGAGAAAGGAAGACAGCAGCCACAAAAAAGUAAAAAAAGUCUGUCUCCACUCUUUUGUCAAGGCAGACACUCCUGA